AUGGCCGAAACCCAAGAAAUUCUCGGUGGAUACAAUCCCGUGGCGUGGGAUAAAACAACUUUUAGUGAUGGUUCUUAUAUGGGAUCAUGGGUGCAUACCAAUAAGAGUUUCAUUUUUUCAUUGAAAAAUGGAAAUAUCUGCGAAUCAAUUGUUAGUCGAGUAAAGGCACCGGAUAGAGCUAUUUAUAAUUACUCUUCUAACUAUCAGAACAAACGUGGUCCUAACUUUGGAGGAGUGUUGUAUAUGGCGUCGGAUGUGUCUGAUUUUACCCUAGACAAACA